ACAAGAAUCUUUUGGAAUCCAUGGAAAAUAAGGACAGUAACAACAAGUUAGCUCCGGUCAGUCAAGAAGCUGAAACUAAUGAAUGUUUGAGCAAAGAAGAUCAGAAUCACACUGUUAAGAGAAAGAAUCAACAAGCUACUAGUCGUCUGAAUGAAGAUGUAUCUUCUGCAAGUCAGCAUUGCACAAAAUCGAGCUUUCAAUGGCCAUAUGCACCUCCGCCCAUUAUCUCACAGUUUUCGAAACCCUCUGUUUCUACCACCCAACAAACAUCAUCUGUCUCCCUGAACCAAUGGCAUCAACAACAGAAUUCCACCGCUGAUCAGCAGAAACCGUUUCCACAAAUGCACCAACCGACCACUCCUUUUUGGCUUCCGCCAGGACCAGGUUUUCCUGUAAUUCGAGCACCCGCUCCUUCAGGUUACCAAUGCAUUGUUCCAGUUGGAACCACAGAAGCCUCGUUGAGACAUGACCCACUGGCUUCAAGUCUGAGUUACCAAGCUGGAUUCCCACCUCCAAUGGGAUUUUCAGGUACUUGGGACCCUGCAUCUUGGUGGGGUCAACCACAACAAUCGCACCCACCUUAUACAUUUCCGGGACCAUAUGGCUACUUUCAAUUAGCACCGCCUGUAUUUCCCGAAACCCCAGUCACCUUUGGAGGAUCAAAUCAAAGAGGAAUUAUCCAACCAUCAGCAAAACUCUCUAAAAAACACCAGCUGAUGUGGGAUUCUCAGUCAUCAGAAAAUGUUCAAAUGUGGGCAGCUAUUACGAAGGUGCAAACAGAAAUGACUACUUACGGAAGCCGGCUAGCAAAAGUUGAAGCAGAGGUUUCAUCUAUCAAGUCGACUCUCGAGGAGUAUUCUGGGGCUGGAGCUGGUACUACUACAGCUGGGCAAUCGAUGAAAAGAGGGAGACCUAAGAAAGUUGCUUCAGCUGAAGUUUUGCCCUUUAUGGAGGAGUCUCAACCACGAGCUCGUGCGAGAAAGAUCAUUUCAUGUAAACCCCAAUCUGAGAAUAUAUUUCUGCAUGGAAAAAAAGAAAGGUUACUCAGCCAUAAGGAGAAAACAUUUCAAGCUGCAGCUGUUGAUGGAGCCAAUAUCCAGCAAGAGAUUGAUGGGAAAAUCUCAGGCAUCUCUACCAAUACUAUUGAGCUAAAUGAGAGUAAUGUCAAGGUGCCUCUAGAUGUCAAAACCACACCAACAGUUCAUGACAAGGUUAAUCAAGAGAUUCAAGGUGGUGGGUUCAGCCUCAAUUUCACAAAAGAAAUAAACGGAACUGAUUGCAGGUCGAAAAACAAGAAGACUGGAUUAUCAUUUCAGGCAGAGCAAGUUACAGGAACAAAUAGCAUCAUCAGUUCAACCAAUUUCAAAGAACAAAAGGGUAAUGGAAACCAUGGGUGGGUAUCUAACGUUUUACCUGAUGAUUGUGGAAGAAACCUAUUGGAAAUAAGAUCUCAUACUUUCUAUGAUACUGGUAGUGUUAGUGUUAUCAGACAAGGAGGAGAAGUCGUUCCUGGAUGGAGUUUCGUGAAUGAGGGGAAUCCUACAGAGGAGGAUGUUGGCAUGCUGUUAAGAUCAGGCAAUGAUGAGGAAGAAGAUACUAGCACAGGAGAUGAUGAAAUGGCUCACAGAGGAUGCAUGUGA